GAGAGCAAGCAUGUCCAGCUGACCCACCUUGGUUCAUCCACCGGCUCGAACGUCUUCUUUGACCGUGCCUCAUUUUUUGCUGAUCUCUUAAUGCUUCAGACCUGAUCAAGCACGGACCUGAGUGGAAAGACGCAGCCCCUCAUCUCUCCUGAAUGCCAUCAUGAGGCCAGCGUCCCUGGUCCUGUUCCUCACCUUCACUCUGCUGGCUUUCAAUGCUGGCCACAUCCUACCAGGGGUAGCAGAGAAGCAGAAAGUGUGGGCCAGAGCGGGGGGUUCGGCUGUGCUGCCUUGCCACCUGAGCCCCAGAAAGGCGGCGAAGACGUGGAAGCAGCUGCCUGACAAGACAUCCGUGCAGUGGAAGCGGCAUGGGGGAAGCGCCUACCAGGAGCCCCACAUGGUGCUGGAGGUGGGGUACUCGGGCCUCCGGAAGACAGCGCUGCCCAUGAGGCCCCGCGUGUCGGUCCAGGACCCUGCCUCACGCAGUGGCAAUUUCUCCCUGCGAAUCGACCCGGUCCGGAGCGAGGACGCCGGGCUGUACGAGGCACGGGUGACGUACAACACAGAGGUCCAGAGCUGCCAGGUGGAGCUGGGGGUAACUACAGUAACCCUCAGUCCACCUGGCCCUGUGGUAGAAAAUGAGCCGCUCUUGUUGAGCUGCAACUCUAGCCACCGGGCCAGGCUUGUGGAGACGUGCUGGUUCCACAACGGGCGCCUGGUCCCCACCUCCAGGAACUUCUUUCCCCUGCAUGGGGCUCUCUCCAUCCUCCGACCUGCCAUGCGUGAUGCGGGCUCCUGGCGCUGCCAGCUCAGAUACUCCGAUAACGAGAUCAUUUCUGCCACAUACAACCUGCAAAUUCUAGGUUUUGAUGGCCCAACCAACCCUGUGGUCUAUGCUGCAUCUGGCUCUGCAGUUGAUCUACCAUGCACUCUGAGCUACUUUCCAAGCGCCCUCGGGAUCAACGUGGUGACAGCCCACUGGAGCCGCACUGUAGGAGGACAUUGGCAAGACUGGGGCAUCUCUCAGAAUUUGAGCAGCAGAAGCUUCCACCUUCAUCUCCCUGCGGUGGGGCCAGGUGAUGCAGGGCAGUACCGCUGCACCAUCUCUGUUAGCAGCAAGACAAUCAUCAGGGACGUGACCUUGACAGUGGUUACAGUCACUCCGAGCAUCCAAGGACCAGUUUCUGAGGGGUCCCAUUUGCUGCUCAUCUGCAGCCUCAUACACCCCCAGGGAUAUGAAAGUUUCCAGUGGAAGCACCUUGGCUCAGCCUCCACUAGCAGCAAGCUGUCUGUGGCCACCUCCCGUAACCUGGAGGGUCACAGACACCAGAUGGGCCCUACCUUGGAAAUACCCCAAGUGUCACAAAAGGAUACAGGCACAUGGGAGUGCAGUGUGUAUGGUCCAGAAGGCAGACUGGGAGCAACGGAAUAUGGGCUGCAGAUCACAGGUUCCCAGGUCUCCAGCCCUCCCACCAUCUUCAGUGGGCAGGUAACUUUUGGGCUCACACUCACCCUCUUCUUCCUACUUAUGGUCUGUGUUCUGGCUCUGGCCCUACAAAAAAGGGCACGGUAUUCUGCUUUCCCAGCACUGGAAGGGAUGAUUGCAGUCACUGUGCCAAGGAAGAAGGAGAUGGAGGAAAACCAGAAAAAGAUCCAACAAACUGAAUGCUGAUAGAAGCAGGGACACCAGGUCCAGUCUGCAUGGGAGGAUGAAACUCUGUGUGCCGUGCUGCAGAGAGAUGGGAACCAUGCAGACCUCUCAGGAGGUUCUAGGGAUGGCAUGAACAUAGCAGGAAGCCACGGGAGCUCUGUACCUGCAGAGGGGCUGGAAGCUGCGUACCACUGCAAGGCAAGACUUACUGAUGCAGUAAGGUGGCCAGCAGCACAGAUGCUCUGAAGCUAUUGGGAGUGCCUGAGCCAGUAGCCUGCUUCAGUGCCACUUCUGUCUCCCACCCUUUGCCCCUCCUUCACGGCCUCUCUCACAGCCUUUCACCGGUGGGACGCUUAGACGUGGGAGAUGGCUGGAACCCAGCUCCCCUUCAGCCCAAUGGUGUUUUCUCCACACUGCCUGCUUUCUUCUCCCUCUCCCUGCACUGCCUUGCUCUUACACUCAUUCAGUGGCAGAGGGGAUCUCACAGAGGACUGUACAUGUUGCACAUUUUGAGCAUUUUAUUUUAUUAAAAACUCA